AUGACCACCACGCAAUCCUCCUCGACCGUGGACAACAGCCAGGACAAGAAACCUCUCUGCUUUCAGAGGCCAAAGCUCCACGGCCGCGCAUUCUACGAGGCCCUCGGCAGCCCGAAGAUGGUGCUCGCGCCCAUGGUCGAGGCCUCGGAAUUCGCCUGGCGCAUGCUCAGCCGCUCCUUCAUGCCCGACGGCCAGAAGAACGACCUGCUAGCCUACACCCCCAUGUUCCACUCGCGUCUCUUCCACGAGAAGCCCCCAUACCGCAAGCAGUCCUUCCAACCCCUGCGCGACGCCAUCCCCUCGCCGCCCGACCCCGAACACCUCAAGCACUACACAACCGCCGACGCCUUCCUCGACGGCCACCCCGCCCUCGACCGGCCCCUCUUCGUCCAAUUCUGCUCCAACGACCCCGACGACUUCAUCGCCGCCGCCCAGCACGUCGCGCCCUUCUGCGACGCCGUCGACCUCAACCUCGGCUGCCCCCAGGGCAUCGCGCGCAAGGGCCGGUACGGCGCCUUCCUGCAGGAGGACUGGGCCACGGUCGGCGCCCUGAUCGCCCGGCUGCACGCCGAGCUGCCCGUGCCGGUCACGGCCAAGUUCCGCGUGCAGGAGACGCCGGAGCGCACCCUGGCCUACGCCCGCGCCAUGCUCGCCGCCGGCGCCAGCGUCCUCACCGUCCACGGCCGCCAGCGCCACCAAAAGGGCCACGAGACCGGCCUCGCCGACUGGAAUGCCAUCCGCCACCUGCGCGACAACUUGCCCCCGGACACGGUCAUCUUCGCGAAUGGGAACAUCUUGCAGCAUGAGGACAUCGCCGCCUGCUUGGAGGCGACGGGCGCCGACGCCGUCAUGAGCGCGGAGGGAAACCUGCACGACCCUACCAUCUUCGCGGGGCCGCCGGUUGGGGAAAGCGAUGGGAGGGAGUAUUGGACGGGCCAGGACGGCAAGGGUGGGUAUAGGAUGGACGCCGUGUUCCGCCGGUACAUGGACAUCAUAUACAAGCAUGUCUUGGGCGUCGCGCCUCCGGAGCGGAAACCGCUGUUCCUGCCGUCGGACCUGCCUGCGCAAGAGGAGGAGUUCAAGGGCGAGGACGAUGCGGCAGCGGAGGAAGACGAGGGCGGCCCGCCGAAGAAGAAGCAGCGCUUGCUGGACAAUAGGAACAAUAACAACAACAACAACAACAACAACAACAACAACAACAACAACAACAACAAGAAAAAAGACGGGAAGAAGUUUGAGAAGUCGCUCGAUCCAAACCUCACGGCCAUGCAGUCCCACCUCUUCCGCUUGCUGCGCCCGCUCGUCGCCAAGCACACCAACGUCCGCGACGCUCUGGCCCGGUGUCGCUCGGGUAACAUCGAGGCCUUCGAGAACGUCCUGCAAAUGGUCGAGGCGGCCGUGAAGCAGGAGCUCAUCGAAUACGAAAACGAGACGGCGGCGGCGGGUGCCACAACGGAAACCGAGAACGGUGCUGCGGAACCACCACUGACAGCAGCGACAGCCAACGGGGAGAAGUCGGAGACGGCAGGAGAAGAAGAAGCUGCAACAGCAGCAGCGCUCGACCCGCACGAGAGCUCCGUCGCCGCCGUCAACAGGUGCAGGCGGCCGCGGUUCAUCUGCCAGCCCUACGUGCGGCCGCUGCCCAAGGAGGCGCUGGAGAAGGGCGCGCUGUCGCUGAGCAAGAAGGACAAGAAGAAGAUGGAGCUGCAGAAGCAGAAGGAGGAGGAGGAAGAGGCGGCGGCGAAGAAGGCGGGCGUUCCGGCGCCGGAGGGGAGGGUCGAGGAGGUGGAAGUGGGGGAGAAGAAGGUCGAGAAUGGAGAGACGAAGGUCGAGACGGCUGAGAUACCCAAGGAAGGAAUGGUGUGUGGUUGA